AGUGUCACUUCGUCAGAGAAACGCCACGUUUCCACCCGUGGAACUUUGCGCAGGUGUCAGGAAGAUUUCAGCAGUAUGCAGAUGUGAGACGACGAGUGCGCGGGGUCGACUUUGACCUCCGCGAGUGCUGCUUCGAUCCUGCAAUGAUGCGAAACGCAGGCUGCUCUUUAUCUUUCCGGAGAAAGAAAAAGUAUCUACUAUAAUUCCCGAACACAUGCACGGAUAACAAGACCACGAGACAACGGCUUUCCGCCGCAAUCGACAGCCAUUCUCCAAACUGCUUCAGAUACUUGUUGACGGAUCAGGUUCGGACAUUUGAAGAGAGCCAUGACAAUACUGGACGGCUUAGCCGCACUCUGCCUUGCAGUGCUCAUCUGCUUUGCGAAGUCCCAGGAGGCCGGACGACUUUUCCCAGAGGACCUGCAAUGGACUAACGAGAUUGGCGACAACCAUCUCGACGCCGGACGCAAGGUGAAUGUCACCCUUUUCUACGAGUCCAUGUGUCCGUACAGCAGGGAGUUCAUCACGGACCAGCUGUAUCCUACGUACGAGCUACUACGAGGCUACAUGGUUGUGGUGCUCGUUCCUUUCGGUAACGGUCACAUCGACAACAAGACGUUAAGAAACGGCAAGACGUACGUCUCCAUUACCUGUCAGCAUGGCGUCAACGAGUGCAAGGGCAACAAGAUCGAGGCCUGCGCCAUAAAGAAGUACAAGAUGACUAGUCUGUGGUUGCCUUUCGUGGCCUGCAUAUCCAGGUUCCCGGAUCCGCACAAACAAGGCAAGAUGUGUGCGGACUCGUUCCAUUUGGAGUGGUCCGCUGUGGGCCAGUGUGCUGAUGGCAAGGAAGGACAGGAUCUCUUGUACCAGAUGGGCAGACUGACCGAGGAUCACCGCCCUCCGAUCAACUACGUUCCGUACAUUGACUUUGAUGGCGUCCACGACCAAAAGGCUGAGGACGAAGCUCGAGGUAACCUUCUCGGCGUCGUUUGCAAGAAGCUCGGGGACGUGAAGCCAAAAGUUUGUUCCGGUCAUUAGGCCGAAGUUGUUCUGUGUUUUUACUCGUAUCCGUUAUUAUAAUAAUUUCGAUUUCUUUAUACAAAAGUAAAACACGCAGUAUUUGGACAUAGCUCGUACUCUGUUUCGAUACUCAAUUUAAGAAUUAGUGGAGGAACGUGUAGAGUGCGACAAAGGGAGCACAAUCAAGGCGAUCGCCUCUUUUUGUUUAACUCUUUUUUCUUUAAGUGUUGUCAUCGAAGCAACAAAAGGCGCGAGAACAUAAUUAUUGAGUUCGCUCUUACUGUACAGCGCAGAGUUGGAGAAUGAAUGCGUUCUAAAAAAUAAUAUGCGGACUUCGGAUCUAGCCUUUUGUAUUUAUUAUCGGAUCCAUCUCUAUAAUCUUUCUUUUUAUUUGCAUGAUUUCGCAUACAUUCUUGGACGUUGUGUACGGCGUUUUUAACGGCGUGUUCACUACACAUGCACGACAAAACUUCCGACAGGUCGUGGGAAACUUUGAGAAGAUGGUGGAAUCCGACCAGCAGUGGGCCAAUCCCUGCGUCCCGUCUAUUCGCGUGACGCAGUAAUUGGCCGUCGCCUGUUCGGAUUAGGCCAUCUUUCCGAAGCCCCGGACGACCCCUCGUUCCGUCACGCAUUUGUCUCGGGCUCUAUUUUUGGACGGUUUGAACAAACGAUGUUCUGCUGGUGUUUGUUGAAUAAAAUCCUGCAUCUUGCCUACCUUGUGCAGUGAUGCGCAGUGUGGUUUUUC